AGACAAGCCACUCAAGCAUUCUGUGUGGGCAGCUGGUAACCUUUUCCAGUCUUUACCAAGCCCUCUAUCUCAAUCAGAUCCAAUCAAAUCUUAGCCGGGGGCCGAGAUAGAAAAGCGGAGAGAGGUUGGAUAGGCGGCGCGGUCUUAAAAAAGCACCCACUACCUGGUCCUGCAGGCAAUAUGUCAGAUGAACAAAUUGCUCGUCAGACGGCCGCCUCGAGCUUCGAUAAACUUGAAAAUUUCAACUUCCUGCUCUCUCGACACGACCCUGAAGUCGCAAAACACCGACAGUACUCCUUUGACACGGACGCUGCAGCCAGCCUGGCUCACGUCCCUAACUUAGGCAUGCCCUACGAUCCCACUGAAGGCAUGGGCGGUUUGUCCGUCAGUUCGUAUGAGAGCAUCGAGGACGAGCACAGCCCGAUCGAUGUGCGAGGAUACCCGUAUCAUGCUGGUGAUAAGACCAUCAACUACUCCGUCUCCGACCACAUGCUAUCACACUCGGCCUAUCCUCUCUAUCCCCCAAUCUCAUAUGGACCUGAUGAGGUUGGCCAUGCACCUGGCGCCAUGACGCCCUCAGAUGUGUCCUCGUCCAUCUCACCGCCCAACGGCCAGAUCGGCAACAACAAGUACAGCACCCAGAUCUCGGGUGACCACAUCGCAUCCGCCCUCAACCAGGAAGAGCACUCUCGCCGGGCCGCAGAGGAGGACCGCAGACGCCGCAAUACUGCAGCAAGCGCUCGAUUCCGCAUGAAGAAGAAACAGCGCGAGCAGACCCUGGAGCGCACCGUUCGAGAAACAACCGAGAAGAACGCCAGCCUCGAAGCUCGAGUUGCCCAGCUCGAGAUGGAGAACCGAUGGCUCAAGAACCUCUUGACCGAGAAGCACGAAGCGGCCUCCAGCCGGAUGCCUCCACCCCCAGCAACAGACGUAUCGCUGAAUCAUCCAAGUACCACCGUCACCGGGAGCGGGCAAAAACAUAUUCAGCCAAAAAAGAAGGGCGUCGGCACCGACAACUAG